GGAGAUACUUGAUACUUCAGCGCCCGCUCUCCGUGACCCCUGACUCGACAAGGCUUAGGCAAGGCUAGACAAGGCUCGGUAAGGUCCUCAGAGACUACAUUUGUGCGUCAACUCUUCGUUUGCUCUCCUUUCCACGCUCUAUCGUUGCUUGAAUCGCUCAACGCGACACAGCGGCCAUGGGGCUGUGUAUGUCUACCGAGUCGCACGAUGACUCACCCGAGGCAAAGAGGAGCAAGGCGCUGGAUCGCGAGCUCAAGAUUGAGGAGAAGCGAAUGAACAGGGAGAUCAAGCUGCUGCUUCUCGGGGCGGGCGAGAGUGGCAAAUCGACGAUUCUCAAGUCGAUGAGGCUUAUUCACCAAAUUCCCUUCACGCCCGCUGAGCGGGAGCACUUUCGGAGGAUGGUUUUCCUUAACCUGGUUCAAGGCAUGAAGCUCAUCCUCGAUACCAUGGAGGAGUGGGGCGCUGAGCUGGAGCACGACGAAUACAAUAAAUUCUUGAUCCUCUUUGUCAAAUACCCCGACAUCGCCGAAGAGGAACCUUUUCCCACAAGCUACUACGAGCCGCUACGAUUGCUUUGGAAUGACGCUGGUGUCCAGGCCGUCUUCCGCAGAGGAAAUGAGGCUGCCGUACCCGAGAACAUGACCUACUUUUUUGCCGACCUGGAUCGCUUCUUUGAGCCAAAAUACAAGCCGACCGACUCGGACAUCUUGCGGUGUCGGAACAAGACGACUGGCAUCAUUGAGACAACGUUUCCGAUCGAUGAUCGUACUUACAGAAUCUUCGACGUUGGCGGUCAACGCUCCGAGAGGAAGAAAUGGAUCCACUGCUUCGAGAACGUCACGGCUGUCCUCUUCACUGUCGCGCUGUCUGGGUACGACAGCUGCAUUGUCGAGGAUCAGGACGCGAACCAGAUGCAAGAGGCCAUCUGGCUCUUUGACUCCAUCUGCAACGCAAAGUGGUUCGUCCGAACCUCGAUGAUUUUGUUCCUCAAUAAGGUCGACAUCUUCCGGACAAAGAUAAUGUACUCGAGCAUCAAAAGAUACUUUCCAGAUUACGAAGGCGAUGAUCAAGACUUCAGCGCGGCGAGAAACUUCUUUCGAGCGCGGUUCUGCAAGAUGAACAGGUCUACGACCAAGGAGAUCUACCCCAGCUUUACAAAUGCCACCGAUACGAGCCUGCUUAAGAUUGUUAUGGCCAGCGUCACCGACAUCAUCCUGACCAACAGCCUUAGAGAUAACCUUUUCUAGGAUAGCAAUUACACUUCUCUAUUGUCUUUCAACUGCCAUUGAUUCUGCAUACAUCCUCCUAGCCAUCCAUCACCACCACCUCACACACUUCCUUGUAUUUCA